AUGACUCUUGUACGAUGUCGCAUCGUCCCCCGCAAUCCACACAUCGGGCAUUCUAUUCCACACCCGCCGACACCUCAUGGGUUUUGCGUUGCACUCGGAGUCGGAGAUGAGAAGGAAGAUUAUCUGACGACCGCUGGACGGGCCGAGAUUCGAGAUUCGAGAGAUUUGCAAGGACUCACAGAACUUCAGAGGCCGCCGGCCCUCAGUGGCGAAGCGAUGGCGAUCUUCGGGAGGAAGAAGACGACGGCGACGACGACAUCCACUCGUCCAGAGCCAGAGCCUAUCCAUAGCGCGCAAUUCAACCACCCAGGGGCAUAUGCGAAUUCAUUGCCGCCCAGCUGGACAUAUCUUGAGCAAAGGCCUCCUCAAGCGUCCCUCGGUCGCGAUAAUGGAUCUCCUGCCCAAGCCCAAGGCUGGCAAGCCGCCCCAGUUCACACGCACUACCAACCAGUAUUGGUAGAGAAUACCAGCAAGCUCAAUCUAGCUACAAGAAGCAACUUGCUGGCCAGGAAUGUGCCAGACUGCCCCAUUCUGCAGCACGGCAUAACUUCAUUACACAUGCACGGAACGCAAUAUCUCAACCAAGGAGCUGCACUUUGUGAUUUGAUAGCAUCGGAGUUCGAUAAUAUAAUCAGUCUUAUUGAUGAAGAAAGAUUUCGCGGCGACGAGAGAGAGCUGGCAGUAUUCUCUCCUCCCCAGCCAAUGUGGCAGCAUCAACAAUACGAGACUGAAUAUGCGGACCACGAACUCGAGAAAGGGAAGUCGAAGGGGAUAGUGAACAACUGUGUCUCUUCGCCACUCGCUAGCGCGAAUCACUUUUCCAAAGUGUACCUGUACGCGAACUCGAGACUCCCUCAAAAUCUGCCUCCUUUGAAACUGUACAUCCCCACCUUUUCACUACUCUGCCUGGCUGCCCAAUAUUCCGAACAGGUCUACAAAAAGCCGACGGGCCAAGAGAAGGAGGUACAUUUGGAUGCAGACUGGAGGCUGGGGACCAAGGCUGUGGUCAUCAAGUCUAUUCCCAUGGACGAUAUGAGAACGAUUAUCUUUGCCAUCAGAGGGACGCAGAGUUUCAUGGACUGGGCUGUCAACAUGAACUCAGCCCCUGCAUCGCCAGAGGAAUUCCUUGACGAUCCCGGUAAUCUUUGCCAUGCAGGUUUUCUCACAGUCGCGAAGAAGAUGAUCAAACCGGUGGCCGCAAGACUUCGACAUCUUCUCGAGGAAGAUCCCGGGAGAUCAAGAUGCUCGCUCAUGAUCACCGGCCAUUCGGCGGGUGGAGCAGUUGCCGCUCUUCUGUACUCACACAUGCUCGCGACGGCCCCCGAAGCCGAGUCAGAACUCAAUAUACUCACAGGGUGCUUCAAACAGAUUCACUGUGUAACCUUUGGUGCUCCUCCAGUCUCCCUCUUACCGCUUUCCACGCCCUCCGAUCCAGCCCUUCGAGAGUCUCUGUUCCUCUCCUUCGUCAAUGAAGGAGACCCAGUCGCCCGAGCAGACAAAGCCUAUGUGUGCUCCCUACUGAAUCUCUACUCCUCUCCAGCACCCGGCCAAUCUUGCGCCAUCACACCCCAGAAAUUGCAACCGCUCGUGCAGAAUCUCAAGCAGUCCUCGAGCGCCUUCACGCUCAACAAAUGGCGACCCACACACACAAAGUUGAACACUCUCCCGAAUCUAGAGAUCGUUCCGUAUUGGCCAAUACCCGAAGCCUUAAUGAGCAAUGCAGGAAGGAUCGUGUUGCUGAGAAGCGUCGAAAAGUAUGAAGAGAGGACGAGCAAGAAGAGGCCAGUCCUUGAGAGGACGUAUGAAGGUGUUGCAGCGCAAAUUGUCACGGAUGAGCUUCUCCGAGGUGUGCUGUGGGGUGAUCCAAUGUGCCAUAUGAUGCGACUUUACACCAGGCGCAUAGAGAUUCUGGCUACGAACGCGGUAACGGGACGCUCGUGA